CGUCUCACUAGCUGGGAGUGGUAGUCGACUACUAUCCCUCAUCGCCGAUACACACACACACACACGCCAGCGACCUCGAUCCUCUUUCAUUAGCAGUCACAGUCAGUCAUGUGGCUGUUGAAGGCUGCUCGAGGUGUUCGGGCCACAGCUGCUGCCCUCACCACACAGUAUACCAGGUCAUUUCGACGUGACCUGACCACGACCUGGGCUGCCUGCAACAUCCAGAGGUCACACGUACCAGAUAUUGACCUGCCCUCUGGUAACUUGGUCAACACCAUCUUUAAGAAUGUAUCGAAGUGGGGUAACAAGACCGCUACGGAGUGUACCGUGACUGGCCGCCGGUACACAUACUCUCAGCUGAUGGACCGGAUAGCCAGAUGGGGGGGUUUCCUCACCAAGUUGGGGGUACACAGAGGGGAUGUGGUGGGGGUGGCACUUGGCAACUGUCCUGAGUAUCCCAUCGUCUUCUUCGGUGCCAUUGCCAUAGGGGCCGUCGCCACUACCAUCAACCCAGCCUAUUCUGCAGAGGAGAUCGCUCGACAUCUACGUGACAGCGAGGCGAAGGUGCUGGUUGGAGACCCUCUUAUGCACCAAACAGUCACGGAGGCCCUCAAACUAUACAAAUCUCCUACCCACCUGGUGCUCAACGGGCCCCCAACUACCUCAGGGACCCUCAACCUACAACAGAUCAUUGAGGACCCCACCGUUCCCUUCACCGACCCCGUCAUGCUUACAGGUGAGGAGGUAGCAGCCUUACCUUACUCAAGUGGCACGACUGGGUCUCCCAAGGGCGUGUCCCUCUCCCACAAUGCAAUCACCUCCAACACCGUCAUGGUCACACACCCAGAUGUCUUCAUGGCCCAGGAAACUACAGAGGAAAACCAGGAGAGCUAUAUGGGCCUUCUACCCUUCUUCCACGUGUCUGGGAUCGCCGUUUUAAUGAGUUCCGGGUUUUAUGAAGGAGUCAAGUUACUUACUGUGCCUAAGUUUGACCCAAAGACCUACAUCUCUUCCGUCGUCCAGCACAAG